CAGAACGCACGAGCAGCGCAGACUGAUGAGUGUGUUGUUCAGGUCUGGUUCAGGUCUGGUGAGUGAAUGGCUUUGUGUCCGACACAGACGACACGGUCCCGAGCAGCGAGCGACUGACUGAAGCCAUGCCUGUGGCCUCCACCAGGACAGAACCUGGACUCCAGGUAUUGGACGCAAUGAGCGACAGCACCACCAGCUCCACCAUUGCAAAUGACCUGGACCUGAUCUACCUUAAGGGCAUCAUGGAGAGCCCUCAGGAGCAGGAGGAGAGCCUGAGAGAGCCGCGGUUGUCAGCGGUGAGGGAGAACAACGUGGAGCUACUACAAGAGAUCCUCAAAGACCUGGACCCGUUCACAGAUCGCUCCGACACGGCCGCCGAGCUGACCCGGAUCCUCACACAGCCUCACUUCCAGUCUCUACUGGAGACUCAUGAUUCAGUAGCAUCCAAGGCGUGUGACAGCCCCCCUCCAAGCCCAUGUGAUUUUGUGGAUAAUGAACCAGAAGAAGGGCACACUAACAAUCUGCAUCUGCCCCCCGACGCCAUCCGCAUGGUGGGCAUACGCAAAGUGGAAGGGGAGCAUCUGGGAGUGACAUUCAAGGUGGAGGGUGCAGACCUGGUGAUCGCCCGAAUCCUCCAUGGCAGCAUGAUAGACCAGCAAGGACUGCUGCACGUUGGAGACGUCAUCAAAGAGGUGAAUGGGCGUGAGGUGGGCAGGGAUGCUAGAGUUCUGCAGGAGGAGCUGCAGGCAGCCAGAGGAAUCGUGGUUCUGAAGAUCCUACCCAGCUACCAGGAGACCAUUCCACCAAGACAGGUCUUCUUCAAGUGUCACUAUGACUAUGAUCCAGCCCAUGACAACCUGAUUCCCUGCAGAGAGGCGGGGUUAAAGUUUGAAACCGGAGACAUCCUACAGAUAGUCAACCAGGACGAUGUCAAUUGGUGGCAGGCCCGUCAUAUCGAGGGAGGGAGUGCAGGUCUGAUCCCCAGUCAGAUGUUGGAGGAGAAACGGAAAGCUUUCGUGAAGAGAGAUGUGGAGUUGGCCCCUGCAGGGAAUCUUUGUAGUGGUGUUGGCGGGAAGAAGAAGAAGAAGAUGAUGUAUGUGACCACAAAAAAUGCAGAGUUUGACAGGCAUGAGAUCCUGCUGUAUGAAGAGGUGGCCAAGGUUCCGCCCUUCAAGAGGAAAACUCUGAUUCUGAUCGGAGCCCAGGGCGUGGGCAGGAGAAGACUUAAGGCCAAGCUUCUGCUAAGGGAUCCACAAAUGUUUGGCACCACCAUCCCAUACACCUCCAGAAAGCCCAAGAAGGGCGAGCGUGACAGUCGGAUGUACGCCUUCACCAGCCGCAGCAAGAUGGAGGCCGACAUCAAGAAUGGACUUUAUCUGGAGUAUGGAGAGUAUGAAGGGAGCUUGUACGGCCUGAAGAUGGACUCCAUACACGAGGUGGUGGAGGCGGGGCGCGUCUGUAUCCUGGACGCCAACCCACAGUCUCUCAAAGUGCUGCGGACCUCUGAGUUCCUGCCCUACGUCGUGUUCCUUCAGUCUCCAGAGUUUGAGGUGCUCAAGGCCAUGAAUCGCUCAGCUGUAGAGGCAGACGUGGUCACAAAGACACUGAUGGAUGAAGAGCUGCAAAGGACGUGUGACGAGAGCGCUAAAAUCCUGGCAGAUUACGGCCACUACUUUGACCUCAGCAUCAUCAAUGACAACCUGGAUGAGACCUACCUUACCGUGAGAGCAGCACUGGAAACCGUUUCUAAAAACCCCCAGUGGGUCCCAGUCACCUGGGUGUUCUAGAGACAGGCUGAAAGAGUGGACACGUCAGACGCACCGAAAAUAGUCCAUAUUUAUGCUUUCAUCACUUUCUGAACAGUAUUUUAGCAAAGUUUAGACAUUUAAGCAGGAUUAUAGUCUUCUUUGCAAUAAGGAAUCAUUAGAAAGGAAGAGUGCGUGUGUGUUGAGGUCCAGUUUAAAGUUCAGAAUCACGUGUGAGCCGGUGUGAAGUCCUCUCAACCAGACUGUGCUGGGGCAUGUGACCUGUUCACAUAAGGCCGUGACACUUGUUUCUUUUUCCUUUGAAAGUUUUUAGAAAUUGUGCCAUUACUGACGAUCAUCAGCAGAUAUUCUAGACGUUUACAUGUCCCAGUGGCAUCCUCUUAGUUGUUUCAGCUUAUGUAUAUGAUGUUAUGGAAAGCACAGCAUUGCUAUUCACUCAUGUUGAAUGAGUUUCUACCAUCAAUUCAAUUUUCAAUUCAAUUUUAUUUAUAUAUAUCGUCUAAUACAACAAAAGUUGUCUCUAGGCGCUUUCCAGAGACCCAGAACUUAAACAUAAACCCCCGAGCAAUUAUUACAUAAACAAUGGCAGGUAAAAACUCCCCUAGUGGGAGAAAAGCCUUAAGCCAAACAGUGGCAAGAAAAAGCUCCUGAAGCUCCGGCCUGCAAACAUGCACAAAAGAGAAAAAAAGGGGGCCAGCACAAGAAACUACAGGAACAAUGGACAAAAGUGAUGGCUAGUGAUGGAUACUUAUAAUAAAUACAAAUGGAAAAAGAGAAGAGAGAAGAGGGAAGAGGAGAAGAGAAGAGAAGAAGGGUGAGGGGCCCCGCCCAGUGGAUUGGAAGACAGGUUUUAUUUGCAACAGAUAAAUUCAAUAAAAAUAAAUAAAAUGAGUAGAAUAACUAUUUUAAUCAAAACUCAGCCGGCUGGGCUUUCCUCCGCGGCCCGGUCAGCCCCCCGGCCACGCGCCACGCCGACAGCCCGCUGAGUCCCAACACGGACCGGGGGUCGUCUCUUGUCUCUUGCCAUCGUCUGUCUCUUUUGCAGAAACUGAGCUAAUGUUGCUGUUGUGGUCUUCAUUAGCAAACUCCUCAUACUCAUGCUUUAUGAUGCGUCUUGAGAUGUUUUAUCAAGUUUCUGGUAUUAAACGACGUAUUCUCCUUCCCUCCUCUUGACACCUUAGCAGCAAGUAGCUUCAGUCUGCCUUGCUUCUGUCGUCUUAUUUUGAAAUAUGUCCACACUGCUGACGUCCCGCUGCAUUAAUUGUUGCUAUCUUGCCUGAAACGGCGCUGCCAGUCUCACUCAUGUAUCAUUCUCUUCUCACUCAUGUAUCACUCUCUUCUCACUCAUGUAUCACUCUCUUCUCACUCAUGUAUCACUCUCUUCUCAUCACCACGCUAAGCUUAGCCGACUAGCAGCUAACCGGAACAGCUAGCUGAGCAGCGGCGGCUCGGCGGCUGCUCCACCGCCAGGCUGCACAUUCACCCGGGAACAUCUCCCCCUAGAGUCACUAACCAGUAACUACAACAACAAUGUAGUGGUAUGGGAGAAUUUUUGCAGUACGAGUAUAUGAGAGAAGUAUCGGGGCAUCCCUACUUUUUAAGUACUAAAUACUAAAUUCAAACUACUUCAACACUGAAUUCCAAAAUAUGACAGAGAUGUAAUGUUUCUUUCUGGAGCUGAUGAGCCAGUAGAUGUAAUCAACCUGAGAGGAUGUCAGGAAAUAGAACUGCUUUGUUUUCCUCCAAACGGAGGAUCUCCAUCCUCCUUCAGAGGAACAGUUACCAAGUUAGAGAACUAAAACUAAAGCUCGGGUCUGUGUUCAGCUGUCGUACUUUCAUAUCGUCACAACUCUGAUUUUAGAGAUGCAGAAACUCAGUUGUAUACAGUUUAUAGAGAUAUGUAGAUAAACUAUGAUAGGACUGAUCCGUUGGUGACAUUCUUCAGGACGACGUCUAUGAAACCUGUUUAUGGUAACAGACACAGGGGCUGAUGCUGAAGCGCUCCUAAUGUUUCCCCCCCUUUACUUUUGCUGUUUUUAAACUGUUCACCCCUUUGUUCACCAUCCACAUCAUACCAUCCUCGGUGCCAAGAAACCUUUCUCUGCAGAGUCUUUGUACUCAGGUGUUUUUGUGGCAGCUAUAGCAUAAUUUUGAUGCAGAACGACUUGUUUAGUGAUGACUAAGGAAAAUUAGAAUUUGUGCCAACACAAGUCAUUGAUUGUUGUUUUCAGAGGUGUUCCCCCGUCCCCCUUGGUGCAAUUUUACAUGUUCUGUAAAAUUGCACUAAGUACUUUCUUAUGAAGCCCAUGCAACAGGAACACUUUUGUGAAUCGUUACCAGUUUAUGCUCAUGUUAGCAUGGAAGCAGGUACAUGUGUCUUUCUACUCUGCAUUGUGGUACAUUUACAUUUAUUACAUACAAACUAGAAUAAGUGACUUGAAGUUUACUGUACAUGUGUACUUAUUAUUUAAUAAGUGCAUAUGAGAAAAGUUUAAUAAACUGUGUUUGUACUUAUUAAGUAGUGUUCAAACAUUCCAUAUUUUUACAUGUUCAGUACUCAAACAGUACUAUUCUGUACCGAAGCAAGUUCAGUCAGAAUCCAGGAUCCUUUCUCAAGGAUGAAGUCUGGUUGGUUUCUGGAGACUUGAGUAAAACUCAGAAAGACAGACAAACAUAAAAAGUGUCUUAUAGGUAUGGUAAGGUAUAUCAUGGAUGGUUUUCACUGGCCCCAGGAAAAGCCACUCCAGCAUUAGCUCCCUGUUGGGGUUUGGCUGGGGAAGUGACCCCACCUUCAUUAGGUCAAUGACUACAUUGCAUGAUGAUGAAUUGUCUCCUCUGUAUCUCCAAUACACCUGGAACUUGAUGUAAGCUUGCAAAUAAUGAUGUC